UUUUGACUUUUAUAAAUGUCAAAAACGAAGAUAAUUGAUUAUGAUUAUUGAUUAAGAAAUUAAGCCAAAAGUAUCUAUAAUCACCAUUUUAAAUAAAUAAUUCCAACUGGAUGAACUACAACAACUAAUGAAAUGGCUACAUCUAGUGAUACAUCGGAUCAAAACGUGAAAUCAAGACGCCCAGCAGAAUCAGCGUUUAAACAGCAACGUUUGCCUGCAUGGCAACCUAUAUUAACCGCUGGAACUGUAUUGCCUACGUUCUUCGUAAUUGGAAUAGCUUUUAUUCCAGUAGGGAUUGGAUUACUCUACUUUUCGGAUGAGGUUAAAGAACAUGUAAUAGACUACACGAAAUGCAUGAAAGUGAAUGAAAAUAUAACUUGUGCUGAAUACAUUAGGAAAAAUGAUAUGGAUUCAUGUAUUUGUGAAAUAAAUUUCAAUUUAACUGAAGACUUUAAGAGGGAUGUUUACUUCUACUAUGGUCUUAGCAACUACUACCAGAACCACAGGAGAUAUGUUAAAUCCAGGGAUGACAGUCAGCUCCGUGGACAGUUAUCAUUGACUCCAUCAUCAGAUUGUGAUCCAUUUGGCUAUGCUGAAGAAAAUGGCAAACUGAAACCUGUCGCUCCUUGCGGUGCUAUUGCUAAUUCCAUGUUUAAUGACACUCUGAUGGUGAGAUCUCUGGAUUGGAACAUUGAAGUGCCAGUGUUACGCACCGGUAUUGCUUGGACGUCUGACAAAGAUAUCAAGUUCCGAAACCCACCUGGAGAUUUGAAAACUGCUUUUGCAAACUUCACAAAACCUGUGAACUGGCGACGUCCUGUUUGGCAAUUGGAUCUAAACAACACAGAUAAUAAUGGUUUUCAGAAUGAAGACUUAAUAGUAUGGAUGCGUACUGCCGCGCUGCCAACGUUUAGGAAAUUGUAUCGCCGCGUCGAUCAUUCUCAGUACGGCUUCAGUACAGGACUUGUUAAGGGACCAUAUCUGUUACGAGUUGAUUAUAAUUACCCGGUGACAGACUUCGAUGGCACUAAAUCGUUUAUAAUAUCGACGACAUCGUUACUGGGUGGCAAGAAUCCAUUCCUCGGUGUGGCAUAUGUGGUUGUUGGUACACUUUGCCUGUUGCUCGGUAUCGUACUUCUUGUCAUCCAUGUUAGAUGCUCUCGAAGAUACCCACCUCCUAUCGCUCACACGUACUUUAUGGACGAACAGACAACCUCACACAAUGUUAAUGAGUAUUCCACAACUGAGAUGAUCAACGUCAACCCUCGCACUCCAUACACAUAAGGACGUAAAAACGGUUACCUUUUUUAAAUUAUAUUCAUAUUUACUAUUUAUUGUACUUAAAAUAUUUUUUUUAAUUGUAUAACUUCGACAGUUGGACUAUUGGUAUCUUUUAUUCCGAAUACAGAGAUUACCCAUUAUUAUUGUCCAAUAGACACGAACCAUGUAUUUCUGGAAGAUUUAAUAAAUUUUUCUACAUAA